AACAAGAGUUAGUUAUUCAGAUAAUGAGUCGCAAAUGCAGUGUGUCUCCUUCCUCUCUUCUUCCACAAUGGUUCUCCAUCCUCCGCCAUGCCAUCGCCGAUUCCGAUCUCAUCCUCGGAAAACGCACUCACGCCCUCAUUCUAACUUCCGGCCUCAACCCCGACCGUUAUCUAACCAACAACCUCAUCACAAUGUACGCUAAAUGCGGUUCUCUUUUUUCCGCACGCAAACUGUUUGACAUAACGCCUCAAUCAGACAGAGACCUUGUUACUUACAAUGCCAUCCUCGCCGCAUAUGCUCACACCGGAGAGCUUCAUGACGUCGAAAAAACCCAUGAAGCAUUUCACAUUUUCCGUCUUCUACGUCAAUCCGUUAUGCUCACCACUCGUCAUACUCUGUCUCCAUUGUUUAAGCUGUGUUUACUCUAUGGUUCUCCGUCUGCUUCUGAGGCGCUUCAGGGUUAUGCUGUUAAGAUUGGGUUGCAAUGGGAUGUUUUUGUUGCUGGUGCAUUGGUUAAUAUAUAUGCUAAGUUUCAACGAAUUAGGGAGGCGCGUGUUUUGUUUGAUAGAAUGCCUGUGAGGGAUGUGGUGUUAUGGAAUGUGAUGAUGAAGGCUUAUGUUGAAAUGGGUGCUGGUGAUGAAGUGUUGGGUCUUUUUUCUGCAUUUCAUCGAAGUGGACUGCGUCCUGAUUGUGUUAGUGUUCGGACUAUUCUCAUGGGGGUUGGUAAAAAAACUGUUUUUGAAAGGGAGUUGGAGCAGGUUCGAGCUUAUGCAACUAAGUUGUUUGUUUGUGAUGAUGAUUCAGAUGUUACUGUUUGGAACAAGACUUUGUCUUCGUAUCUCCAAGCAGGUGAAGGUUGGGAAGCUGUUGAUUGUUUUAGAGAUAUGAUCAAAUCGCGUGUACCGUGUGAUAGCUUGACCUAUAUUGUGAUCCUCUCUGUGGUUGCCAGUUUGAACCAUCUUGAACUGGGAAAACAGAUUCAUGGUGCUGUUGUGAGGUUCGGAUGGGAUCAAUUUGUGUCUGUUGCGAAUAGCGCUAUUAAUAUGUAUGUUAAGGCUGGUUCUGUUAAUUAUGCAAGAAGGAUGUUCGGUCAGAUGAAAGAAGUGGAUUUAAUUUCGUGGAACACUGUGAUAUCGGGUUGUGCUCGAAGUGGUUUAGAGGAGUGUUCCUUAAGGCUGUUCAUUGAUUUAUUACGGAGUGGCCUGUUGCCGGAUCAAUUCACUAUUACAAGCGUUUUGAGGGCUUGCUCCUCUCUUGAAGAAAGCUACUGUGUUGGUAGGCAAGUUCAUACCUGUGCUUUAAAAGCUGGGAUCGUCUUAGAUUCAUUUGUUUCGACAGCUCUAAUUGAUGUAUAUUCUAAGGGUGGAAAGAUGGAGGAGGCGGAGCUUCUUUUUCAUAACCAAGAUGGAUUUGAUUUGGCAUCUUGGAAUGCUAUGAUGCAUGGGUUCACAGUGAGUGAUAACUAUCGCGAAGCCUUGAGGCUGUUUAGCCUAAUGCAUGAAAGGGGAGAGAAAGCUGAUCAGAUAACUUUUGCAAAUGCAGCCAAAGCUGCCGGGUGCUUGGUGAGGCUUCAACAAGGGAAGCAGAUUCAUGCUGUUGUUAUAAAAAUGAGGUUUCAUUAUGAUUUGUUUGUCAUUAGUGGUAUUCUGGACAUGUAUCUAAAAUGUGGAGAGAUGAAAAGUGCUCGUAAAGUUUUCAAUCAGAUUCCUUCGCCGGAUGAUGUUGCUUGGACCACGGUGAUUUCGGGAUGUGUGGAAAAUGGGGAGGAAGAGCAAGCUCUUUUUACAUAUCAUCAGAUGAGACUCGCUGGGGUGCAACCGGACGAGUAUACCUUUGCUACCCUUGUCAAGGCUUGCUCUCUUUUAACAGCACUAGAACAAGGGAAGCAGAUUCAUGCAAAUAUUAUGAAGUUGAAUUGUGCUUUUGAUCCUUUUGUGAUGACCUCACUUGUCGACAUGUAUGCCAAGUGUGGGAAUAUCGAAGAUGCAUAUGGCUUAUUUAGAAGAAUGAACACCAGGAGUGUUGCCUUGUGGAAUGCCAUGAUAGUAGGAUUAGCUCAACAUGGAAAUGCUGAGGAAGCUCUCAACUUCUUCAAUGAAAUGAAAUCUAGGGGUGUAACGCCGGAUAGAGUUACUUUUAUUGGGGUCCUUUCUGCUUGUAGUCAUUCUGGUUUGACAUCUGAUGCAUAUAAAAAUUUUGAUUCUAUGCAGAAAACCUAUGGAGUUGAACCAGAGAUUGAGCACUAUUCUUGUCUUGUGGAUGCCCUUAGCCGUGCGGGGCACAUACAAGAGGCCGAGAAGGUGGUAUCAUCAAUGCCUUUUGAAGCUUCUGCUACAAUGUACAGAACUCUGCUUAAUGCUUGUAGGGUUCAGGGAGACAAAGAGACUGGAGAACGCGUAGCGGAAAAGCUUUUUACCAUGGAUCCAUCUGAUUCAGCUGCUUAUGUUCUUUUAUCCAAUAUUUAUGCAGCUGCUAACCAAUGGGAAAAUGCAGUGAGUGCUAGGAAUAUGAUGAAAAGAGUAAAUGUAAAGAAGGAACCAGGGUUUAGUUGGAUAGACAUGAAAAACAAGGUGCAUUUAUUUGUUGCUGGGGAUAGAUCACAUGAAGAAACUGAUUUGAUAUAUAAUAAGGUAGAGUAUGUUAUGAAGAGGAUCAAAGAAGAAGGAUAUGUCCCUGACACAGAGUUUGCACUUGUGGAUAUAGAAGAAGAAGAUAAAGAGAGUGCUUUAUCUUAUCAUAGUGAGAAGCUAGCAAUAGCUUAUGGGCUCAUGAAAACUCCACCAUCCACAACAUUAAGGGUAAUUAAAAACCUUAGAGUAUGUGGAGAUUGUCAUAAUGCAAUCAAGUAUAUAUCUAAUGUUUUUCAGCGAGAGAUAGUUUUGAGGGAUGCAAAUCGAUUCCAUCAUUUUAGGAGUGGGAUAUGCUCUUGUGGUGAUUACUGGUGAAAUGUUUUCCCCUUUAUUAAAUCCCAUUUUUUAAGUUGGCUUGUUCGAGUGCUAUCAGCUAACCUGGAAUCAACUCUAAUAUUGGGUGAUAUGCAGAGGGGGACCCAUGUAUUAGUGAGGGGUGCACUUGCACACCCUGAACUAUUAAAAACUGCAAAUGCCAUGCUACCCUAUAUCUUUUGCAUAUUGAACUCUGAAAUUUUGUUUUGCACCUUUGACCCAGGACUCAAUCCACCCUCUCAGAUUCUCGUCUCACACUUCUCUCUACCCUUCUAAAUUCUCUCAUCUCUUGUUGCCGGCAGCAGCUUCCCAAGCACCUCCACUGCGCCACACCUGACACACACCCUGCUUCCCUCUCACUGUCACACGAUCCGCCCAGUUCCUUCUCUCUCUUGUGCGCGCAACCCAAUUUUCUUCCACUCUCUUUGUUUGGUUCUGCGGGAUCUUUCUGGUUUGGCCUCCACCGCCCACCAACACCGCAGCGAAAUCCAAGCUUCCAACUCCUCUUCAUUGGGCCUCCAACAGCAACAUAACAGAAACAGGAAACAUAUUUUUGAUGCAAUAAAUGGGACUAAUCAAGAAAAAUGCUAUGAAUUUGAUUGUUAACCAGGAAAAAUACUUCAUGUAGAUCAUUAUAGCAUUGAACGUAUACUCCUAAGCUGGAAGUUAAAACACGGUCUUAAUAUUCUUGUGGAGUUUUGUUCGCACGUAUCUUUAAGCUGGAAGUUCAUGGUUGGAUUGGCCUUCAGUUUAAAUCUCCAUUUUAGGAAUUGGUCGAGCUUUGGUGGAGUUGCAGGUGGCAUAUGCCUUUUGCUAAUUGCUACUGUUAAGAACCGGUAUUGAGAGGAAAAGUCCUUUAUACUUUUCCCUUUAAAAUUCUCAUGCUAGAGUUUUUAUGUUUGUAACUUUUCCCGGCAAUACUCCUUAUGCCUUGGUUUAAUAUACCCUAAAAAAAUGUAUUAAAAAUUUAUCAUUAUGGUUUACA